CCUCACGCUCGGUGUAACUCCACUUUCUCUAUCCCCCACUUUCUUCCAAUUACUGCUCUGCUCCUUCUCGAUUAUUGCAGGUUAGGGUUUUUCCAUUUCCAUCCAGUUGCGAUUCAAUGAUGCUCUGAAUUUGCAUUCCCAAUGUAAUUCCAACUGGCCUUCCCACUUCUCCUCGCUCCAAGAUUCUUCUUCUUUUUUUUCUCUCUCGGAGAAUGCUCUGUUUUCGCCCAUAGUCAACCAAUUUCACCGGACGUUGUUCGAAGAAGCUGGCCGGGAAUCUUAAUCUGUGUGAGCAGGGGGAGAUUUAUAGCUCUUUUGAUGGCUUGUAGUUGUUUGCGGCUGUGAUUUGGGGAUAGUAGAGAUAGUUGACCGCAUAGGGAAUGGCGGCAGAGUCGAACAUGGGGUUUCAUCAACAGCAAGCUUGGUCUUUUCAGCCGUCGGAGAUGAUUCCGAUUGGUAAUCUGUAUGGGCAUCACGGGGUUAAUCUGAGUGUAUAUAACAGCAACUGUUUUAGUAGUGUUGGUGGUGGUGGUGGAGGAGUGUUGUGUUCUGGGAAUCUAAGUAUGAUUACGGGCAGUCACAAUAGUCCCGGAAUGAGUCAAGCAGGGACAUCUUCGCCUCCCUUUCUUAUUGACACAAUCCCGGGGCUUAGGCAUGACAAUGGAUUGGCAAUGGAUUGGUCGGUCGAGGAACAGUACAAGUUGGAGGAAGGACUUGUCAAGUUUGCAAAUGAACCCAAUAUCAUGAAGUACAUUAAAAUUGCAGCCACACUCCGCGAAAAAACCGUACGCGAUGUUGCGAUGAGGUGUAGGUGGGUAAAGAGAAAGCGAAGGAAACAUGAGGACUACAGUAUCAGAAAAAAAUUGAAAGACAAGCAGGAUAAAGCAGCUGAUUCAUCCUUGAAGAAUGGUAAAGCUUCAACUCCUCCGUCAAAUUUGGCUACAUAUUCUCCGGCUGUUGAUGAUCAUGACAGGAGUAACUGUGUGAAUUCUGGAGCACUACUUGGAUCAAGGAAUCUAUUGGAAGAAAAUAAUCAGGCUCUUGAGCAAAUUUCAGUAAACCUGUCAACCUACAAGUUGCAGGAUAAUAUUGAUCUCUUCUUCCGCACAAAGAACAACAUAACUGCAAUCCUGAACGAAAUGGGAAAUAUGCCUGGGAUUAUGAGCCACAUGCCACCACUUCCUGUGUAUCUUGACGAAGAACUGGCAAGUAGCAUUUUACCAAAUUCAACUCAGUCCAUGAUGUUUGGAUCAUCAAGUGUGGUCCAGCCGAAACACGAACCUGGAUGUUGAUGAGCCAUUCAUCGGUGCUGAGUUGGAUUAUCGGCGCGUGUAAGUAGACCAUUUUUUGUUUUGUGUGCGUGUGGUUGUAAAUGCAUAUAAGAAGAAGAAGAAGAAGAAGAAGAAGAAGCUGGAAGUUGUUUCAGGCUUUUGUACGCAACGCCAAGUUUGGCCCCACAGGAUAAGAUCUACAAUACACAGAACUGAGAAGAACCCAUCCGGGGAAAAAACAGAAGUAUUUUGGUGUAGCAGACAGACACCGAGUGCGACUUGCCAGACAAUAACUGCCUCGUUGUCUGUUCAUCACCUCCCAGUCUAAUUAAUCAGAGCAUUAAAUUCUAGAAGAGCCCAAAAUCUGAGUUGUUAGCCUUUUUGUUUCUGGGGUGUGUAAAUCUUGACUAAUGAAAACUCAUAGGGGUUUGUUUGUUAUGUCACACUUGUCAUUUGCAGCCUUUAGUAUUAUAAGAUCAGUUUCUUUGUUGUAUGUUGGGGGGUAAAGGCCACAUACAACAUCAUUCCUUUGUAGGGAUUCUACUAAUAAAUAAAACCAUUCACU